AGUUCAGAGCUGGAGGAAGUGAAUUUUCUUCCUCUGCUACAGAUUGAGACUUGUGCAAAGAGGAAACACAGAAAUGUACCAUGUGACUCUAAUGUGUGUUUGGUAAUCCUUUAAAUAACUCGUAGGCAAGGUAAAAUAAAAUAAAGUGUGGAUAUAAAACGAGCAAUUUAUCUUACACAUUAGCCGAAACUUUGCAUUACGUCAGCAUGAAACUUGUCACAUUUAAAGGCGACUGAGACCCCUUCUGUUUUCCUGCCAGUUACUGGGUUUAAUGUUUAACCAAAGCAAACGCCAUCUGACCCAUGCUUGGUGCUCACUUGUGUUGUAAUCCAUCCCCAUAUCAUUCAUUUUCCUGUGCGAGGUAAAAUGCAAAGUUAUGCACUCAACCAAAAUCCCCCAGGCAAUUAAUAAGGAAGUGUAACCAGUUAUGUCAUCAUUUAGUUAUCAGCUCAACUAACAAACUGUUGUCUUCUCUCUCUUUUUUUAACAGUGUGAAGAAAAAAAAAACGCCAAGAUGUGUUGCUCCAGCUUUCUCAAAAUUAUGAUGUUUAUCUUCAAUGGCGGCAUCUUUUUGGCAGGUGCAGCCAUCCUGGGUGUGGGAGUGUGGGUGAAGGUGGACAGUGAUUCUCUGCUGGGUUUACUUGACACCGUGGAGGGCGCUCCAUCUGGGUUAUCCCAGCUCGCCAACGUCAGCUACCUGCUCAUGGGAGUGGGUGGCGUGCUGCUGGUCAUUGGCUUUCUGGGCUGCUGCGGAGCUGUCAAGGAGAGCAGGUGUAUGCUGCUGACGUUCUUCAGCAUUGUGCUGAUUAUCUUCCUCAUCGAGGUUGCAGGAGCUGUGGUGCUGCUGGUCUUCCAGGGUUUGGCUGAUCAGCUUCUUGAGAGUCUGGAGGAGGAAGUUAGAAUAAGCAUUAGAAAUGAGUAUGGAAAAGGGGAAGGUCUGACCUCUCUCUGGAACAAAACCAUGGAGGAGUUUGCUUGCUGCGGGUACAGGAACUACACAGACUUUUAUGGCUCCCCUUUUUACCUGGAACAUGAAGGAGAGGUUUUUCCGGAAACAUGUUGCAAUGCAACCAACACCAGAGGCGUAUGCAGUGAAAACCAAGCACAUCUUUCGAAUAUAGAUGGCUGCUUUGACAGGCUGCUGCAGCUGAUAGAGGAAAACGCUGUGAUCAUUGCAGCCGUGGCUCUUGGAAUCGCUGCUCUUGAGAUUGCUGCCAUGGUGGUUUCAAUGGUUCUCUACAAGAAAAUUGGCACCAAAGCGUGAUGAUUCCUGUUUGGGAUGAGACGACAACAUUGUAAUUGGUGGAGAAAUUUUACUUGUAAGCUGUUUUUUUAUGUAUAAAGUUUUUUUUAUGUUUGAUUCAAAACUGACAGUUUGUCAGACAGGAACACUUUUAAUGCUCUACACGCGUUAAAAUUGAAGGUGGAAAGGUAGUCAAUGGAUCUAAUACACAUUCUUAGUUUUAAAACUAUAUGUACACAUUUAUACUGUGAUUUAUUUAUGUUUUGGAAGGGCUGCUGCAUGAGCUGAUACAUAUAGCUAUUAAUAUGUGACGCUGAUGCACAGGGUGAAGUCGUGUCAGUUGUUUAUGUCCCUCACAUUCACUGCAAACUGUAAUAUAAUGAAUUUACUUUUGUAUGUUUGAUCAUAUUGAAAUAAUAAAUAUCACAAUCUUUUAUUUACA